AUGGGUGGUGAAGCUCAAGAAGAUUGUGAUAAUACGCUUGGGAGCACAGAGAAUUUAUGUGUUAUUGUAGAACCAAGCGAGCACAUGGAAAUGGCUGGUAUUGGAAGCCACGAUAGUGCAAGUAGCUCACAGAUAUCGACUCCAGAGGCAGAGUUUGAAGCACAGGAUAAAUGCACACGGAAAGAUGAGGAAAUUCGAGCACUAAAGGAAGAACUCGAAAAGCAAAAGCGGCGAGUGGCGGAAUUGGAAAGCCCUAAAAACUGCGAAGGACAGCGAGCUUACCGAGCGGAGGUACCAGGUAGAGUAAGCCGAGAAACUAGUAGUAUAAGUGGUGACAAUGAGCAAAACAGGCAGUUGCAGAGUGGCUGGCACAAGCGGGAGAAAAAGAAGGCCUGUCGUCGCGGGAUGUGCAGCAGUUCGUCGAGGAGGAGCUGCACGAGUCUCAGUACGUUUUAUGACUCUACUUUGAGCUCAAAUGAAGAACGUAUGUAUGAGAGUAAAAAACGAGUGCCACAUAGAAAACAUCGGGUGGGAGCCCAGAAUGUAAUGGGAGAAUACCUAAAGUUUAUAGCAUUGCCGGGUGUUGUGCCAUACUCGGGAAAAGAUAAAGAGUACCCGUUUGAACACUUUGUAGAAGCGUUCGAGUUGAAGUACCCUGGUCAAUACUGGGAAGACAAAGAGCGCUGUGCGUUAUUCAGAUCAAAGUUAGCGGGUAAAGCAAGGGCGCAAUUUGAGGCGCUAGCUAAAGCAAAGAAGCGUAACUUCUACACAUUAGUGAAUGCGAUGAAAGAGGUGUGUAGGGAGGAAUCGCGCAAUAAAAAAGUGGUUGCGUUAGGUGAACUAAAACGCCUGCGGAAACCAGAGACACAGUCAGUCGGGGAUUUCUGUGUUGAACUAGAAAGACUGACGCGCCGAGCAUAUCCCGAGCUAGGAGAAGACACAUUGUCAAUAAUACGUGCGGACCACCUCUAUGAUCAAAUUUCUCAUUGGGAUGAGUCCUGCCACCUACAAGAGGCCUUGGAGGGACCCGGUAGCGAUAUGUACGAGCGGUUGAAAGACGCUGCGAUGAGGGCAGAGUGGAGACACCUGUCCUUGAAGAAUCGCAAAAGUACUGAGUUCUCGCAAACUACAGGGGUCACAAGCAGAGGACAAAGAAAUGUUCGAAGGAACUAUUUCAAAGAAAACGAUGUAUCGCAGAUCAAGGCGAAGAGCAGCGUUGAGCUGGAAGACAACGAAGACCGUAAAGGAAAUAAGGAACGCUUAAAAUGUUUCAAGUGCAAAAGUACAGGUCAUAAGGCGCGUGAAUGCAAGACCACGGCCACUAGUGAAGUAAGUCGUCCAGUGUCGUUAUCGGCACGAGUUCGUGGAGUAAAGUGCACCAAGGUCCACAGUAAACACGGACAUAUUCGAAACCGAUCUCCGCAUAUUUUUGGCAAACGAUCAACUAUCGAGGUGACCAUCCUUGGGAAAGAUAGAAAAGCUCUACUUGAUACGGGGUCACAAAUAUCGAUCUUGCCGUCGAUCGUUCUCCAAGAAGCAAUGGACGAUGGAAUUGACAUCGAUGCCGUAGUUAAGGAAAUUGCGCUUCCUAAAUCGCUGAAGAUCACAGACGCUUCAGGGAAAGCGAUGAAGUUCCUAACUGCAGUGGAGGUUGAUGUCGUAAACAGAAGUGAUAACAAGUUAAACCGAGUUCGGAUGUUAGUCUCCAAAACAAAGGAAAAGCUCAUCAUUUUGGGAACAAAUGCAAUCCCGCAGAUAGGAUACGAGGUCAGAAAAAUUGGACAUAAGGAGGAAGACAAAGAGGUGGAGCAACAGCAAAAAGAAGUGGAAAAUAGUUCCGCUGCCACCGUUGCUCGAAGAGUCUUCAUAGCUCCUGGACAGACUGAAUAUGUGGACCUCAAGUGUGAAGAAAAAUGCACGGAAGCAAUGUUGAAUUCGAGUGACAAAAGAGUUCCAAACAGUCUGUGCAAAGUAAAUAUCGGAGUGGCAAAAGUAGCGGUCGUCAACGUAACUAGUGAACCCAUAGUAAUGAGAAAGGGCCAAGAAGUAGAGAUACCCCAACAGACCUACUAUGCAGCCAAGGCAAACCCAUGUCCGCAGAGAAAAAAAGUCUCAGAUACCUACUUACGAGUCUUUUGGAUCAAGAAUCAGAAUGGAAGCAUGGCUAUCACCUCAGAUGCAAAAGAUUGGAGAACGGUGUCAGUGAACGUGCCAAUUGGAACCAUAACAGCGGAUGCUCGAAGAAGAAGUUGGAACUACCCGACAAAUGGAUGUGAUGACUACUCAUGUGGUUAUGCAUACAACAUCACUCCCGCAGUGAAGCUACAGGAGAAAAGCCCUUCUUUCUACUGCAUGGAAGUUGAUCCUGUCAUUCCUCAUGUACCAUUUCCAAAUGCUGAUGUCUCUAAGUAUAACAGAUUUUCGUCGAUGAUUAUCGAAGGAACUCGAGUUCGAUGUUCCGGACGAGAGUCACAUGUUCACGCAGUCAGAUGCCGUGUACAAGACUUUCCGGCGUUCAAAGGAGGGCCCAGUUUUGCGCUGGCAAACUGCUGCGUAUCUAAGACCAUGACAGCGGCCGAUUUGAUCGCAGUGUUACCUCACCCUGCCAGGGCUUUGCCCAUUGAAUGCGUGUUGGAGGCGGCUCGAGUGUUCGCCAUUUGGAUGCAAACAGGAUCGGUGGCGCUGAAUACCCAGCGAAUAAUGAAUUUGGAUGAUAGAGUCGUUGACCCGCGCUCACUUGGUUUUGCAUAUGCGGUCUUUCGAAAAAAAUGCGCCCAUGUUAGCACAAUGGCGAGAGCCAUCGAACCAGCCACCAUUAUGAGACACGGAUCCUUGUCGAGGGGAUGGCCAACGGUGCCGCAAAGGAUUUUUGAGUUGGGUUGGUUAGUGGCGAGAAAGCUGGAUAAGAAUGAUUUCGAUUUGAAUUCAAUGAUGGACAGAAUACACAAUCGUAUUCUAAUCGUCGUGCCCAUGGUACUCAGGAGGAUGGCGUGGAUGUCCGGUGGUUGUCGCACGCGUGUAUUCUUUUAUGGCGAUUUUGCGGCCAUCAAAACGAAGAUGGAUAGUUUGUUCACGGACGAUCUAGGGGCAGUCGUGCUGAUCCUGCCGCCCGAAGAACCGCGCAAGGUCACGAGCUGGCUUGCGAUCAUGUCAGCUAUUAAUCUGUGGACUACAUGUGGCACGCAUGUCUACCUUGUGAAUGGUCCGAGGACCGUAAACAUAGUGAGUUGGGAGCACGUUACCAUGAAAAUGCGAGCCCACAUUCUCAGUUACGUAUCAGAGCAGCCGGAGCAUGCGCAACUUAUCGUGGACGUUCUUCAGCAGAAUAUUGGAGUUAUGGACCCGCGUGCGGCUUGGGCGGCUGUCGGAGUACUGAAAAAUGCCACGGAGUGGCAGGAAGAAUCCACUCGCACAUUUCACCAAUUCCUGCGGUCGCAACUGGAACCCCUGUUGACUCUGGAAGAGCUUCGUUUGGCACCGUUUCGCGCGCACAAACGAAAGGAGCCUGGACUGCCGGCACCUGUAGAGGAAAGCUCUAAAGGACCUCAGGGGGUCAACGCGUUUGCACUGGUUGUCAACCUGUUAGACAUUGAUGAAUUUUGUUAG